UGCAGAUGCUGGCUGCGCCAGCGGCGCCCCCGUCGCCGGGGGCGGCCGCCGCCCCGCAGCAGCAGAUGCAGCAGCAGAUGCAGCAUCAGAUGGAGCAGCAGCAGCAGAUGCAGCAGCAGGUGCCUAUGGCCCAGGCCAUGUGGCAAGGGCAGCCUUACGGCGCGGGGCAGCAGAUGUACUACGUGCCCCCUGGACAGGACGCGUACGGUCAGCAGGGCGGCAUGGCUGGCGGCUGGAUGGGCCAGACACAGCCGCACUACAUGGCCGAUGGCUGCGGCCAAGGAGCUCACAUGAACCAGCAGCAGAUGGGCUAUGGCGUCUACGGCAGCAAUCAGAACGCAUACGGGGGUUAUCCACAAGAGCAGCAGCAGAGUAUGAAUAGUGGCAUGCAGCAAGCAGGUGGUAAUCCCUAUAGCAGCCCAUCAGGCGCGGAUGGUUACCAACAUCAGGGAGGGCAGGUUUACGGCUAUCAGGGCGACUAUGGUGCCGGAUACGCCUCACAGGAGAUGGGGGCAGGUUUCCAUCAGUACGGCCAGGGCGGCUGUCAGUUUUAUGGCAACGAGAGUGGCGGAGGGCACUAUGGCAUGGACAGCGACGCCAAGGGCGGCCCGCGAUGGAAAGGCGAGGGCGGCCCUGACCCCGCCGCCUCCAAGGAUGGCAAGGGCAAGGGCGGCAGCUGCGGCAAGGGCAAGAAGGGCGAGAAGGGCGAGAAGGGCAAGGGCGGCAAGGCGGGCCGGGGCAAGGAGCGGGGCGACGAGGCCGCGAACGACUGGGAGGCGCUGGGGCGGAUGCGGGCCGCCGCGUAGGGCCUGCCGCGCGGGCGUGGCCGCGUCGGCUUCGGCCUCCCCGCGGUGCCCGUCGGCGUGUUCUGGGCCGCCGCGUGAGCCGCAGCUUCUCGCGGCUGGCCCUUUUGUGCGCUGGCCGUGGCCGGGGGGCGCGCGUCCUCCUGCUCGAGGCCAGUCUGUCAGCAGGUGCCCCACGGACAUCUCCUGU